UGCCCCGGAAGUUGUAUUCUUUACUGAGGCUAACUUCACACUAUUUGAUCAAGAUGGCGUCCAGCAGCAACAUGUAACGUUUUGUUAGCAGAGUCUCUUUGUUGUCCAACAGUUCUGAUCCAUCAGAGCCUCUGUGUGUCUGGAUCAACCUGUCUGAAUGGACUUUGUGCUCUUCAGCUUUUAUUCUGAAGGUCUGACCUCUGACUCAUCUCCCGGUAGCCUACAAAGCUACUGAAGUUAGCUUAGCAUGCUAGCUGGUUAGCAACACAGCUGCUAGUCAGAGUGACCGUUUGAUGGAGAGCAAACUGUGUUUCUGACGGAGUCUGAUGGAGAGCAAACUGUGUUUCUGACGGAGUCUGAUGGAGAGCAAACUGUGUUUCUGACGGAGUCUGAUGGAGAGCAAGUUUCUGUCAUUGUGGUAAAAUGUGUAAAGUCCAGAUGCUGAGAGCGUUGGUGAAGCAGCGACUAACUGCGGCUGCUGAAGAGAUAUGUGGGCUGUUUGAAAGAACGAUAGCAGAGUACGAGGAGGAACUCUCUCGAUCAAAAGAGGAGAACGAGCGACAACAGAAACUACUGGACGCUGUUUUACACCCUCAGCUUCAGUUACACAGAGCAGAGUUUCCUGCAGACGUCCAGCAGCUGUUGCUGAGGAAAGAAGAGGUUCCCCCUGAGCAGCAGGAGUGGAGCUCCAGGCUGGUCCAGGAGGAUCCAGAACCCCCACACAUUAAAGAGGAACAGGAGGUACUAUGGACCAGUCAGGAGGGAGAGCAGCUUCAAUGGCUUGAGGAGGCUGAUAUCAAGUUCCCAUUCACUUCUGUCCCUGUGAAGAGUGAAGAAGAGAAACCUCAGUCCUCACAGCUUCAUGAAAGACAAACUGAACAGAUGGAAACAGAGGCUGAUGGAGAGGACUAUGGAGGACCAGAACCAGCCAGGAACUCAGAUCCAGAUGCACAUUUACAACCAGCUACUGAUGACAAGACUGGAGACUGUUCUGAAACGGAGACUGAUGACAGUCAUGACUGGAAGGAGACCAGAGAACCUCAGUCAGGUUUAAACUAUUUGAAAAAUGAUGACGUCCCUCUCAGUGAUUUGAGAGGUAGUACUGGUGAGAAACCAUUUAGUUGCUCUAAGAGUAGGAAAACAUUUGGCAUCAAGACUUCUCAUACAGAAGAGAAAUCUUUCAGCUGCUCCUUUUGUAACAAAUCUUUUUCACGUUGUGGAAAUUUACAGAAACACAUAAGAAUCCACACAGGAGAGAAACUAUUCAACUGCUCAGUGUGUGGCAAAGCUUUUGUUGAAAGAGGAAAUCUGAAGGUACACAUGAGAACUCAUACGGGAGAAAAACCUUUCAGCUGCUCAGUUUGUGAGAGAUCCUUUGCGCAUAGUGGAAAUUUACAGACACACAUGAGAACUCAUACAGACGACCAGCAGCUGUUGGUGGUUAAAGAGGAGGUUCCCCCUGAGCAGCAGGAGUGGAGCGCCAGUCUGGUCCAGGAGGACCCAGAGCCCCCACACAUUAAAGAGGAACAGGAGGAACUCUGGACCAGUCAGGAGGGAGAGCAGCUUCAAGGGCUGGAGGAGGCUGAUAUCAAGUUCCCAAUCACUCUUGUCUCUGUGAAGAGUGAAGAUGAUGAUGAUGAUGAAGAGGAACCUCAGUCCUCACAGCUUCAUCAAAGUCAAACUGAACAGAUGGAAACAGAAGCUGAUGGAGAGGACUAUGGAGGACCAGAACCAGACAGGAACUCAGAUCCAGAUGCACAUUUACGACCAGAUACUGAUGAUAAGACUAGAGACUCUUCUGAACCUGACACUGAAAACAGUGAUGACUGGAAGGAGACCAGAGAACCUCAGUCAGGUUUAAAGUCUUUGAAAAAUGCUGAAGUUGCUGUCAGUGAUUUGAGAUGUAGUACUGGUGAGAAACUACUUAGCUGCUCUGAGUGUGGACAUCUGAAUAGAAACAUACAAUCUCACACAGGCGAAAAGCCUUACAGCUGCUCAUUGUGUGGGAAAGAUUUCAUUGAAUGUGGAGCUCCUAAGAAACGCAUGAGAACUCAUACAGGAGAAAAACCUUUCAGUUGCUCAUUUUGUGAUAAAAGAUUUUUGCGCAAGGCAGAUGUGAAAAUACACAUGAGAAGUCAUACAGGAGAGAAACCUUUCAUCUGCUCAGUGUGUGGUAAAUGUUUCACUGAAAGUGGAGUUCUUAAGAGACACAUGAGAUCUCAUACAGGAGAGAAACCUUUCAGCUGCUCAGUUUGUAAGAAAUCUUUUACACAGAGUGGAAAUUUACAGAAACAUGUGAGAAGUCAUACAGGAGAGAAACCUUUCAGCUGCCCAGUGUGUGGUAAAGGUUUCAUUGACAGUGGAGUUCUUAAGAAACACAUGAGAUCUCAUACAGGCGAGAAACCUUUCAGCUGCUCAGUUUGUAAGAAAUCUUUUACACAGAGUGGAAAUUUACAGAAACACAAGCUAGUCCAUACCGGAGAGAAACCUUUCAGCUGCUCAGUGUGUGAUAAAGGUUUCAUUGAAAGUGGAGUUCUUAAGAGACACAUGAGAUCUCAUACAGGAGAGAAACCUUUCAGCUGCUCAGUUUGUAAGAAAUCUUUUACACAGAGUGGACAUUUACAGAAACACAUGAGGAUCCACACAGGAGAGAAACCUUUCAGCUGCUCAGUGUGUGAUAAAGGUUUCAAUGAAAGUGGAGAUCUGAAGAGACACAUGAGAACUCAUACAGGGGAGAAACCUUUCAGUUGCUCAGUGUGUGGUAAAAGAUUCAUUUUAAGUGGAGAUCUGAAGAGACACAUGAGAACUCAUACAGGAGAGAAACCUUUCAGUUGCUCAGUGUGUGAUAAAAGAUUUCCACGCAACACAGAUCUGAAGGUACACAUGAUAACUCAUACAGGAGAGAACCCCUUUAGUUGUUCUGUUUGUGGUAAAGGUUUUGUACAAAACAUAAAUCUGACAUACUACAUGCCACGUCACAGGGGAAGAACCAUUUAGUUGCAAAGUUUGUGGUAAAAACAAUUUCCAGAAGAGCAAGUAUGACACCACAUGCCAGUCCACACGGGUGAAAAAAAUCAGUUGCAGUGUUUGUGUAAAGUCCACUGACUUUCCUCUGGCCUCUUGUUAGAAGAGAGCUCUCUCUCACUAUGUGUUUCUGGUCUGCCACGUCCCUCUCUGAGUGCCUGGAUCACCCACCAGUGGUUGCGUUCGACUUUCUCGUUAGUGUCGUAUAAAUUCCGUCAUAGCCUAAUCUAUUAUCUCCAGUCAUUUUAAUUUUAUUUUUCUAAUGAUAAUAAGACAUAAGCCUAUUUAAAGGUAAAGGCUGUGAUUCUAAUCCAAGACACUUUUUGUCAAAUUCAGCGUCUGCUGUCCGUUCGGUUUGUGCACUGAGAAAAGGUCUAGUGUUCAUACAGCCCUGGCUCUGUAAACGGGAAGGAGCUGUACUGAAUGUAUUUUUUUUGUUUAAAUAUUUGAAGCAUCUAUUCAGGUUUUUGAAUGAAACUUUGAAUGUUCAUUAAUACAGGUGCAAUCUCCCUUUGUGUUUGACAAGUGGGAGGGCAAACAGUUUUUGACUGCAGUGUAAAUGUUGUUUUUGAAGGCUAAAUGGCAACAAAUAUGGAUUGAAACAGAAUAUUUUGUUAGAUAAAAACAUGUUGUGCAUUUUGAAAAUGAUUACAUCCAUCUUUUUUUCGAUGAAUUUUGACUUUUGGAAUUAGACAAUUACAGAGACGAGGUCUGAGCAUCACGGUGGAAUCUCCUAAACAACUUUAAAUUGGGUCAUUUACAGUGUUUCUUGGUUUAUAACACUGCUUUUAUUUAGUUUUUGCACAGGACAUGAUAAUUGAGUGAUACAUUUGACUUGGUUGCUGUAGUUUGUUUAUCUGGUUAUAAGUUGAUGUUUUGACAUAUUAAUCUGAUUUGAUUGAUUGAUUUUUAUUUUUUGUGAUGUGAGCAUAUUUAGAACAUAGAAAAGUGAAUAUCCUCCCAUACUCUGUUUCUUUUUCUUGUUUCAUUAAUAUAUACAGUAUUCAUGAAUGUUAAUUGAAAUGUGGUGGUACAAGGAGCCCUCUAUGUACAGAUCUCCACAGAUAGCAACGCUCUUGUACAACAAUAAAAUGUCUAAUAAAAGACUCAGGAGCACCAAUUUGACAGCAACAGUUGAAAUAUUAGAUUUACACUCCAAGACCAAAAUGUAUAUCUUCCAUUUGAAACUUAAAGGAAAGGGAAACAAACUACCAUCAUCUUUUGAAUAUUUGUUUUUUCACAGCUAUGAAAAUGUAAUAACAUUUGUGUCUUUCUUCAAACUGAGUUGGUUGAAUGAGUAAAAAGUGUUUCCCGAACUGAAAGGACUUAAUAAAGGCAACACAAGAACCGAAAGAGCUGCUCCAGUCAUUCCAUAUAUGUUUCUUUAUUUCUCUACUCUUUGAAAAGGUAUCACACUAUAGUGUGCCACAACACAAAUUACAUUUUAACAUGUCAUUUGUUGACAUCUGAGCAAUAGAUUCCCUGAGGACGGCCCAGGUUGUGGUUGAAAGCUUCAGGAGCAACAACUAAUUUGGACCUCGUGUUGAGAAAUGUUUGGAAGCUUUUGUUUCCAAGUUCAAGAAUGAACCUUCAAGGUCAAU